UGCUGAUCCGCUCAGGAUCUGCUGCCCACCGCGGAGAGACGCACCAGGAACCUCAGCGCGCAAACACUUCGGUAGAAAAUGACUGUAGAGAAAAUCUUCGACGAGCUCGGACAUUUCAAGAGAUUUCAGGCAUGUCUGUACUUUGCAGCAGUUUUCCAGGCCAUAGCUUGUGGAAUCCACUAUCUGGCCUCUGUUUUCCUGGUGGAGACUCCAAAUUUUGUGUCUAGUGUGUCCGACAACAUCACAGAUAUUCUGUAUGGUAACGUGACAGGAACUAGCCUGGAAGAAAUCCUGCCGAUCUUCAAGUUAGGUAGUGGACCCUUGGUGGUGAAGACAGCAGAAGGAGAACAGUGGGAGCUAAGCCGGUGCCGCUGCACUCUGCGCAUCGACCCUACAGACUUUACGUAUGACUAUGAUGGCAACAAAACAGUGAAAGAAUGUAAGGGGAACUUUGUUUAUGAUCAUACUGAAGUUUACCAAAACAUUGUGACCGACUGGGACUUGGUAUGUGAUAAAGAGUGGCUGGCCAAGUUGUGCCAGCCCACAUUCAUGCUCGGGGUGCUGAUUGGAGCGCUGGUGUUUGGGGACAUGGCUGACAGAGUUGGUCGUGUGAAGAUCCUGAUGUUCACCAGCGUCUGUCAGUUUGGGCUUGGGGUAGCUGUAGCAUUCUCUGGAAACUACUACUUUUUUGUGGUGCUCCGCUUUCUCCUUGCUAUGGUGUCUAGUGGCUAUCUCGUGGUGGUGUUUGUCUAUGUGACAGAGUUUACUGGCAUCAAGGUACGCACGUGGACAUCUAUGCACGUGCAUGCAGCCUUUGCAGUCGGCGUCACGGUGGUGGCUCUGACUGGUUACCUGGUGCGGGUCUGGUGGAUCUACCAGAUAGUCCUUUCCAUAUGCACCUCUCCGUUCCUGCUCUUUUGUUGGAAGUUUCCUGAGACACCCUUUUACUUGAUGGCCAAGGGCCACUAUGAGGAAACUCAGAAACUGCUAAAUGUGAUAGCCCGUGUCAAUGGCCUUGAAUGCAGGCUAAAGGCUGAGGAUCUCCUGGAGCCAGAAAGGAAAGAAUAUGGCAGAGGUCUGCUGAAAGAAGACACAGAGGAUCAUUCAUCAAAGCCUGAGAAAAACCUGUCCAUCCUGGACCUGUUUGGCAGCUGGAGAAUGGCAGGUCGUACAUGCACAGUGUGGGCCAUCUGGUUCAUCGGCAGCCUUGGUUACUACGUCUUUUCUUUGGGUUCAGUCAACCUGGGAGGAAAUCAGUACGUUAACCUCUUCCUUGCUGGUGCAGUGGAGUUCCCUUCUUAUCUGGUUGGCUGUUUUGCAAUGGACCGGAUUGGAAGGAAGAAGACGUGUGCUCCAGCUCUGCUCCUGGCUGCUUUUGCCUGUUUGCUCAUCAUUGUGGUACCUGCUGACAUAGAGAUCCUGGCUAUUGCUCUCAGUAUGAUAGGAAAGUUUGGUAUUGCGAUUGCCUUUGGGCUUAUCUACCUCUACACAUGCGAGCUUUACCCAACUAUCAUCAGGUCUUUGGCAGUAGGCAGUGGUAGUAUGAUGUGCCGUGUUGGCAGCGUGGUGGCCCCCUUCUGUGUGUACCUGGCUGACAUCUGGAUCUACCUACCUCAGCUCAUUGUGGGAAUCCUGGCAUUGAUUUUUGGAGUACUCACACUGUUUCUGCCUGAGACCCUUGGCAAACCUCUGACAACCACCUUGGAAGAAGCCGAAUCUCUGGGACUUAAGCCCAGCAAGAAGAACGCAGCCUUGGGCAGUAAAGAUGCUGAUGACAGGCUGGAGCUGAACCAACAUGGAGCAAAGGCCUGAGCUGUACAGUACAGGAAUAAGAGAUGUGGACAAACAAAAAGAAAGAUGGAAGAGGUACUGUAGGAGGUAACAACAGUCAAAUACCUGGAAACAAUAACAGCAUAAAUUUAUAGGAUGGUUGAAAAAACAAGAAAAGAGAAGAUUUCAAGAACUCUUGAAAUGGCUGGGUGUUGUUUUUGUUGACAGUUUGUUCUGCAGUGUGACCAACAGUUCGAUAUUUUAGGAGUCCUGAGAACUUUCCUACACUCUUCUAUAUCACAGUGAUGUAACCAUCACAGAGCGAUGAAACUCAUGUGCCAUCUGUGUGAUAUUUUGUGAAUGCAUACUUUCUGUUUCAGUCUUUUUUUUUUUUGUAGUUUGGACCAUCAUUUCUAUUAGUUAUGUACAUUUUUUUUCUUAACAAACUUUGCAAUGAACCUGGGACACAGCCACAAAAAAAAAAGGUCAGACAAUGAAAUUCAAUUCAAAAUCAUUUUUAAAAUUACAGGCAGAACAAAAGCAGAUCUUCAUGUCAGGUCAUUAGCAGUGUUUCAGGAAUGAGCCCCCCUGUACUUACCACAGUGUAAAUAUUACAUGCAGGACCGAUGACCAGGACUCUCCUAAACCUUGUGGAAAGCCUUUCCAGAAGAGUUGAAGUUGUUAUAGCUGCAAAUGGUGGGCCGACAUCAUAUUAAACCCUAUGGAUUAAGAAUGGGAUGUCACUCAAGUUCAUAUGUGUGUCAAGGCAGACGAGUGAAUACUUUUGGCCUUUAACUUGCCUUUUAAGCUUUCUUUUAAUCUCAGGGCUUCCGUUUUACUGUGAAUCUAUCAUUGUAAAGUGUUUUUCUUAAUUGAAUUUGUACUCUUGUCAAAAUGUUUUGUUCUGUAAAGUGACCAACAGUUUCAUAUUUUAAUCAAGCACUUCAAUAUUUUCAUCAAAUCUUAUCAACUAUAUAAAGGCAACAAAAGAGCAAACUUUUGCACACCUUUGUUAGACCUUCAUUGGGUAAAAGGGUUUACUCACGAUGAAGCUCUAAUUAACUAAAGUCUGCAGUGAGCAGGAAGACAGUGUGAAGGAGCUUUUUAAAAAUUGUUCAUCUUGUAAAAGAUGCCAUUGCUGAGCUUUACUGUGCCUUUGUUAUGUAA